AUGGCUGCUACAGAGGCCAGGGGGCUCGGUGCGGAGCAGCGGGAGGACUCUGAAGGGGUCCGCAGUGGAGUCGUGUACGCGGAUCAUGAAGACAGUAAAGAUUGUAUCCUGGAGCCGCUUUCCCUGCCAGAAAGCCCAGGUGGCCCCACCGCUUCCGAAGGACCUCCAUCUGUGCCUUGUAUGUUCUGUGAGGAACGACUUCCCCUGGCUGAACAAGACAAACUUCUGAAGCACAUGAUUAUCGAGCACAAGAUUGUCAUAGCUGAUGUGAAACUGGUUGCAGAUUUCCAGAGGUACAUUUUAUACUGGAGGAAAAGGUUCACUGAACAGCCCAUCACAGAUUUUUGCAGCGUGAUAAGAAUCAAUUCCACAGCUCCAUUUGAAGAACAAGACAACUAUUUUUUGUUAUGUGAUGUGUUACCAGAAGAUAGAAUCCUCAGAGAAGAGCUUCAAAAACAGAGACUGAAAGAAAUUCUGGAUCAGCAACAGCGAGAGAGAAAUGAUACAAGCUUUCAUGGUGUGUGUAUGUUUUGCAGUGAGGAAUUCCAUGGAAACAGAUCUGUUCUGUUGAACCACAUGGCCAGAGAACAUGCUUUCAAUAUUGGUUUGCCAGACAAUAUUGUAAACUGCAGUGAAUUCCUUUGCACAUUACAGAAGAAACUGGACAAUUUACAGUGUUUGUACUGUGAGAAGACCUUCAGAGACAAAAAUACACUUAAAGAUCACAUGAGGAAAAAGCAGCAUCGUAGGAUCAACCCAAAAAACAGAGACUAUGACCGAUUUUAUGUCAUCAAUUACUUGGAACUCGGGAAAUCAUGGGAAGAGGUACAGAUGGAAGACGACCGCGAGUUGCUGGACCUUCCUGAAGAUGACUGGUCUGAUUGGCAAGAGUACCCUGUCUGUGCUGUCUGUCUAUUUUGUGAAAAGCAAGAAGAAACAAUAGACAAAUUGUAUGUGCACAUGAAGGACACACAUGAGUUUGAUCUCCUCAGAAUAAAGUCAGAGCUCGGGUUAAAUUUCUAUCAGCAAGUGAAGCUGGUCAAUUUCAUUCGGAGGCAAGUUCACCAGUGCAGGUGCUAUGGUUGCCAUGAGAAGUUCAAGUCCAAAACAGACUUGAGGGCUCACAUGGAAGAAGCUAAACACACCUCACUACUUCCUGACAGAAAAACCUGGGACCAACUGGAGUAUUAUUUUCCCACCUAUGAGAAUGACACUCUCCUGUGCACACUGUCUGACAGUGAAAGCGACCUAACAGAUCAGCAGCACAAUGAAAAUGUUCCUGUCAUCAGUGAAGACACAUCCAAACUGUGUGCUUUGAAACGAAGCAGUGUUUUGAACCAGCUGCUACUCCAGGAAUGCCUAGAAAAGUAGGAGAAACUCUGGUGCAUGGUUUUCUCCUAUGGGGCAGAGAGGAAAGAAGAGCUCAGAUUUGAUUAUCAUCAAAGCAUUAUUCACUGGAGAAAUUGUGCUUGUUCUUAAUGAACCUUUUCUCAAGAAAUAAAGAAGAAAAAUAUGACAUUUUUAUAUUUGGACUGGGAAAUUAUCGUGGUUAUCAUAAAUGAUUUUAUUUCAUAAACUCAUGAUUAUCUACAGUAAGGAAAACAAGGAAGUUACAAAUAAGCAUUCAAAUAUAUAAACCUGAUUUUAA